AUGCAUCGCCGUCCUAACGGAGAAGUACCGCAGUACUACUAUGCAGCUAUCGAAGUCCGUGUUGCCAUGACUGGCUAUUAUGGCAUCACGAGCACUAGUGAUGCCGACACAUAUGGCUCAAUCUAUACCGACAAUUUCGAUCCGGCUUUUCCGGACCGGAAUUUGCUCGCAAAAAAUGAUGAUGACUUUGGCAAUGGGCAAUUUAAGCUUACAGUGUUUCUGAAAUCUUGGAAUAGGUAUGUUUUAGUUGCGACGACAUUCAGUCCGAAUGUAACGGGAACAUUCGAUGUCAACACAUCUGGUCCAGGAUCUGUUACUUUUCGUUUUUGA